UCCCCGGAGCCGCGGGCGGAGAGACUUGAAUGAGAGGCUGGAGGGGAUCGCGACUGAAAGGCUCGCGGUGGAAUAGCUCCGCCGUCGCCAGGCAACCGCCCUGACGCAACGCAAAAAAAAAAAAAAAAAAAAAUCCCUUAAAAAAAAGAAUAGUGCUGAGAAUUCCCAGGAGCAAGAGAGAAAGGGAGGCAGAAGCCGGCUCAGCCUCGAAGCGGGGGCCUUGGGCUGCGGACGAGCGGGGAGCCCGCGUCGAAAGGAGGAGGCGGGGACCUCGGUGACACCCCUGGAUUGGGCCUCGGAGCGCCCGGGAAGGUGUGGACGCGGGAGCUCUGAGUGAUAAGCUGAGCCAUGGCCAUUAGCACAGGACGUUGCAAACCGAACUUCCCCGAGAGGAACGCCUGAGAGAACGCUGGCCUCUCACCAGCCAGCAGCUUCUCGCCGCCUGCCCUUCCCUGUGCGGAGGGGGGCUCUGUCCCGCAUCCCCUCCAGUCUUCCAUCUGCCUUCACCUCCAGCGCUGACAGAUCUUCUUGGCAAAGCUGCCUCCAAAGAUUCCUGCUAACGCUUGUCUGUUCCUGCCUCUUGCAAAGCAUGGCGCCCACAGCAUCUUAAACCCAGAUUGUCUGCAGCUGCUCCGGUGGACACUGCAGCUCACCCUUCCUCCCUCUGGACUCCGGGAGCUGCGCCCGUCCUAGCGAUGCCCUCGGGAGCCUCGGCCCCAGCUGGAUGAGACCCUUCCGGGGCAGGACCCGACCUUGCCACCCACCAAGACCCCCACGGUGCCCUCCACCACCCCCCAUGUCUGGCUGCCCAGGCAGGUUCUAGCAUGUCUGUGCCCCGGAUCCGAGCAGAAGACGCAGCCGGUGGGGAGGGAGGGCCGGCGGGAGCAGCCCCGCCUCCCGGCGACCACCUCCGGAGCCUGAAGGCCCUCACGGAGAAGCUGCGGCUGGAGACCCGCAGGCCCUCCUACCUGGAAUGGCAGGCCAGGCUGGAGGAGCAGACGUGGCCCUUCCCGAGGCCGGCGGCCGGGCAGCGGGGCCGCGUGGAGGAAGAGCCCUCGCUCCCCCCAGGAGCACCCAGGCGGCACCCUCCGCCUAAUGGGAUGGCCAGCCAGGACGACGGGGCCCCGUCCACUGGCAAGCUGGAGGGCUUUGAGAGCAUCGACGACGCGAUAGCCUGGCUCCGGAAGGAACUGACGGAGAUGCGGCUUCAGGACCAGCAGCUGGCCCGGCAGCUCAUGCGCCUGCGCAGUGACAUCCACAAGCUGAAGAUCGAGCAGACCUGCGACCUCCACCGGCGGAUGCUCAACGACGCCACCUACGAGCUGGAGGAGCGGGACGAGCUGUCCGACCUCUUCUGCGACGCCCCGCUCGCCUCCUCCUUCAGCCUCUCCGCGCCACUCAAGCUCAUUGGGGUCACCAAAAUGAACAUCAACUCCCGCAGGUUUUCUCUGUGCUGAGAAGCCCUAGACGGGGCGGUGGAGCCGGAACGAGGACACGUAUCCAUGAACUUGAACUCCAAAGAUGGUACUAAUGCUUUGCCAAACCCACGAACUGCCAGCUGCCACUCUCCACUCACACAGCCCCGUCACCUCCCGAGUUACGAUUCCCACUGCCGUCACGGUUCCGUUGUCCAUGUGAGGCGUCCUGUUGCUCUGUCUUUCAUGCUUCGUCUUCCUGUAGAAUUUCACGGGGGCCCAGGCACACACACGCACACGCACCGUGACCCACACUGGGGAACGGCUGCUUUUCUCUUGUGGGCCAGGAGUGGGAGUUUGUGGAUGAUCGGUCCCUAGUUAGAAGAGAAUUUGGUGUUUCCUUGUGACUUCCAAGAGCCGGAGGGUUUAUGCUUCCUUCAAAGACGGUAUUACCACGCAGCCAAGAUCUGUUUUUGCUUCGACUCUGAGCGGUGGCAGAAGUCUGAGACGCAGAGCAUUUGUCCGUGAAGAAGCCCUCAGUGGAAGGCUAGGCCCCCUCGGGCCGGCCCCGCCUCAGGCAGGAAGGAGGGAGGUUUUCUCUAGCUAGUGCAGCCUCUCCUCAGGGGCUCUGCAUGAGCACUGCCAGGUCCUCCAGAGGCGUGCCUGCCAGGCGUCCUCCAGAAGAGCCCUUGAGGUCUUGGGGUGGCAGGCCAGCCUGCACGCACGCUCACUCUUCGGAGACGCGCACAUACACACACUUGAACCCACACGGGCAAGCCCAUUCCACAAGUGAAAAAAAAGGCCAAACUGAUUACUUUUCUUUCUAGGAACCAGUCAUUACAGUAACUAAAAAAAGCUGGGUCCAGCCACCGCUGAGUGAUUUCCCUGAGUUUCGUCAACCCAGUUGAGUUGGAGUCAACUGGGCAAUUUAGUUGCUCAGUUGACCUAAUGAUUCUUUGAGAUCAAGAACACUUGAUGGUUUUGCAAUAGGCGCACUUUUUGGAAUAGGUUAGAUGUCUCAGCUAUUGUGCUUAGUUCACACCAAGGGAAUUUUAUUUUGGGAUAAGGGGGGAGGAGGAGUCGGGAAGAGACGUGCAGGGAAAAGACAGGUGUGUUUUCUUACUCACUCUCCAGUGUCUGGUAGCAUCCUUAUUUCCACGGUGAGCACAGACAACUAACCAAGUCAGUUCAGCUUUGUGAAGUCCCUGCCUCCUGUGGGUCGAGAGAUGCCUGAGUCAGUCGCAGCCUAACCUGCGUGCCCAGCUCCCCAGGGCAGCCUUCCAGCUUUACCACGCGUAUACGAUACUGUUGCAGUUUUACUCAUUAUCUACCCGUCUCCCUGCCAUCCCUCAAGGACCCCUGGGUGUAAAACUCGAAGUCUCCAUGACACUGCCUGGCAGGGUGAUGUCUGACGCCUUCGGGGGCUCAGCAGUGAUCACAGGCCUGGGGAGCCCGGGCAAGCUUGAGAUGACCUGACCCAGCCUCAGGCCUCCUCCCUGUAGCAACACCAAGUGCUAUUACGUAAUCGAUGGACAAUUUAUAAUUUUAUUUUUUAUGAUUGUUUGUUUCUAUAUUGCU